GAAGACAAAACUAAAUACAGACAAGAUGGCGGUCGAGAAGGAUUUUAAUUGGGAAGACGAUCUCAUGACAAAGAGCUUUCAGCGACAGAGCAGCCAUCUUUCAAAGCUUGCUGACCAGUACGGGCCAGACUACGGAAAACCGGUUCCUGGUUCAGAUUCAGAGAGAAGAAGCUUAGAGUACCAGCAAAAUGUAGUUGAUGAAGUAUCAAGUCUAUGCUACCAGAUUGCACAGUUUGGAUUUAAAUCUAAAGAUGGAUCAGAGUGCAUCAAAUUUGGAGAUUUAUUCAAGGUAGAAAACGUUAAUAAAAGGGACUGUUUGCAAAAAAUACAGAAGGUUCAGGGAAAACGUUAAUAAAAGGGACUGUUUGCAAAAAAUACAGAAUGUUCAGGGAAAAAGGAUGAGACUUCAGAGACGACUUCAUGGAAUUGUAAUACUGUCUGUUUCCAUUUAUUCAUGAUUCCCUCCAACUGUGUAAACUUGUUUCUUCAGAGACGACUUCAUGGAAUUGUAAUACUGUCUGUUUCCAUUUAUUCAUGAUUCCCUCCAACUGUGUAAACUUGUUUCUUCAGAGACGACUUCAUGGAAUUGUAAUACUGUCUGUUUCCAUUUAUUCAUGAUUCCCUGCUACUGUGUAAACUUGUUUCUUUCUUUGCUAAAAUUGAAUAAGCUUUCAAAUGAUUUUAUUCAUGACUAAAUUUCACCUUAGGAUCUUUAAAAGUUUUAGGUCGUCUUUACAGUCUUAUU